AUGACUUUACAAGAAUCAACAACAACUUUAUCUAAUGAUAAUCAAGAUUAUCAAUAUAUGAUUACUCGAUUAUUACAAAAAAUACAACGAUUUGUAAUGCAAAAUCCUAUAUCAGCUAUAACUUUUUAUACUUCUUUUAAUGAAGUAUUUGUUUCUGAAAUUGAAAAAGAAAUACAAACACAAUCCAAUAAUUCAAAUAUUAUACUAACAGUAAAAAAUCCAUUAAUCAUUUGUGGAAAAGGACAACCAUCUAAUAAAAGAAUCACUGGUGUAGGAGAAUCAGCUAGAAAAACUAAAAAAAAGAAGAAAAUUAAUAUAUUAGAAUCUAUAAUUGAUUUAGAUAAUUAUGAAUCUAUUUAUAUAGUGCAAAAUACAUUUUUUGAAUUUAAUGUUUUUUCUAAUGAAUCAAACCUAGAAAUAUAUCAAAAUAACAAUAAUUGUUUAUAUUGUAACGAAACAUUAUCAAAUCUAUUGCCAUUAAAAGUAUCGGAAUAUUUAAAUAAUAUUUCAAUAGGAAAAAAUCUUUGUAUUCCGCAAUCUUUAUCCCAAUACUUAUCUCAAGUUUUGGUUCCUGAAACUGUUAUUAGACUUAUUGCAAAGGAUUAUAAAGGCAUUUCUUUAAAUAAUGCAAAAGAAAUAAUGAUUGAUAGUAUUGAUUUUGGUUUAUAUAUUCAUGAUGAUAAUUGUGAAAAUUAA